AUGUCAGUAAGAUCGUAUUUAGUCACUCUAAAGAAGCAAUUAGAGACCAACUCAAUUAAGUCCCCGUUAAGAUUUGUUACUGGUAAUCAAUCGGCUGAUUUAGAUUCAGUAAUUAGUGCCAUUAGUUUUGCAUAUUUCAAUUAUAAGAAGGACGAAUCCUUGUUAAUCCCGUUAAUUAAUAUAUCCAGAACUGACUUUAAGUUACGGAGGGACAUUGUUACCUUAUUGGAUUCCUAUUCAAUAACUGAGGAUAGCUUAUAUUUCAUUGAAGAUUUCAAAAGAAUAACUGCUUCCGAUGUUCCUAUUGAAUUAACGUUAGUUGAUCACUGUAACAUCCAAGGGGAUGUAUUCACUGACUAUCUUUCUAAAGGAAAGCUAGAUAUUGUUGGGAUUAUAGACCACCACCAGGACGAAUCAGUAUUUUUAAAUGCUAACCCAAGAAUAAUACAUAGUAAUGGGUCUUGUUCUGCGUUAGUCUUUAAUUAUUGGUAUGACCAAUUUAGUAAUAAAGAUAUCUUCUACGAAAAAGAUAAUGAAAUUGUUCCUUUGUUAUUAGGAUCUUUACUAAUUGAUACGUCAAAUAUGAGCCAGAAGGUUGAAGAAGGUGAUGUUAUCGCAUUUAAAGAAUAUCAAAAUAUUUUACAAAAGAAUGAAAUUUUACUCAAAGGGUUAGGAAACUAUGCUUGCCAAAGCACUGAUAAUAUUGAAAAAUUACUUAAGGGAUAUUAUAAGCAAAUAAAAGUAGCUAAAAAGGAUAUGAAAGGUUUCAAGUUUUAUGAUAUUUUAAAAAAAGAUUAUAAACAAUUCAAAUUCACCUCCAGAUGUAAUGUGUCUACAGUGGUUGGAUUUAGCUCAAUUGGUAAAUCUUUCUAUUGGUUAUUGUCAAACUAUUCUAUGCAAGAAAUAUCAGAAACUUUCAAUGAAAUCAUGAAGGAUUUUAAUUUAGAUCUUUUAAUCAUGACGACUUCCUAUACUAGACAAGAAAAUGAUCAAUACACAAGAGAGUUCAGUUAUGCUUUCAACUCAAGCAAUCCACGUAAAGAUAUUUUGUUGCAAUUAGCGAAUUUAGCUAACGAUGAAUUGAAAUUAGAUUCCGAUAUAUACAAGCUUGAAAAUCUUAACAGUUAUCUCGCUGACUUGGGAAAAGGUCAAACAUUUAAGAUCUACAAUCAAAACAACACAGCAGCUUCAAGAAAGCAAAUAGUUCCUGUUAUUAAGGAUAUUCUUGAGAAUAACUAG